AUGGAUAAUAAUAAUUCAAAGAAUAUAACAGUAACAUAUGGAGAUGAAGAGAUAAGAGAAGCAGAUACACAACUUGUAACAUUACCUCACCCUUUGAGGUUAUUGGAGCAUUCAGCAAAGAUGGAAAGAGAUUUCGAUUUACCAUUCGUUAGUGUAUGCGUUUGCAUGAAGAAUGCUGCGUUGUUUAUUGACGAGACACUCUUGUCUGUUGUACAACAGUCUUAUCGUGGACCGAUCGAAUUGUCAAUCUAUGAUGACCUUAGUACUGACACGAGUGUGGAUAUUAUACAGAGUUGGAGUGAUGUAUUUGCGCGGUACCAAGUAUUACUACUUGUAACAUCACCAAUCAAACCUCCCAUCAUAUAUCACCACAAUAUUACCUAUUAUAUGAAUCAUUGUCAAGGUCUACUCAAUCAACAACAACAACUAGUAGUAGACGAAUCAUUAAAAAUUAAUAGUAAAGGAGUUGGAUAUUCAAGAAAUAGAGCCAUUCAAUCAUCACAUGGAGAUUAUUUAUGUAUAUUGGAUGCCGACGAUAUCAUGUUACGUGAAAGAAUAGAAUUACAACUACAAAGAUGCAUUGAAUUGGAGAAACAAGGUAUUCAACACACGAUUGUUGGUUCACAAUUUAUGCGUAUUCCUACUGGAUCAUCGUCACGUUAUACAGACUGGUGCAACAGAUUAUCGGAAGAAGAUCUUUUGUUGCAUCAGUAUCGAGAGUGUACACUUAUUCAACCAACUUGGUUUAUGAAUAGAAAGGUGUACGAACUCAAUGGACCAUUUGCAGAACCCACUCGAGAAACAUUGGAUCGACUCUACAAGAUACAAAUACAAGAACCAGGCGGUGGACAAUCUCCUCCACUACCAGAACCAGGUGAAAAGAAACAACCAAUACCAGAAGACCUUUUAUUUUUCCAUAAACAUUUAGACAACAAAGGUAAAAUCACAAAAGUUGAUAAACCUUUAUUAAUUUAUAGGUAUCAUCCAGAUAAUCUAAGUAAACAAAUUCAUAGAUUAGUAUUAUUAAAAGUUAGAUUAGAACAUUUGGAAAGAAGAGUAUUAAAUAAUUGGAGUUCAUUUUCUAUUUGGGGUGUUGGAAGAGAUGGAAAGAAAUUCUUUACCAUGUUGUCAAAAGAAAACAAGGACAAGGUGGUAUCAUUCUGUGAUGUAGAUGUAAAAAAGAUAGGCACAACCCAUCAUUGUUCAUUGACAGGACACAAUGUUCCCAUUAUUCAUUGGUCACAGGUCAAGCCACCAAUCAUUUUGUGUGUAUCAAUCGAUCGUACCAAUUCAGAGUUUGAAAAUAAUUUAAAAUCUUUAAACUUGGUUGAUGGUGUAGACUAUUGGCAAUUUAAUUAA